AUGUUCCUGCGCCUGCUGUCGGACGUGCGGUGGCAGGCGGCGCGCCCGCGCUGGAGGAGGUGGCCAUGCUGCCCGCGAAGCGCCUCCAGCGCAGCGGAGCCUCGUCCUGCUCCCUUGCCGGCGCACGCGCAGGUUGUCAUCUGCGGCGGCGGAAUCACGGGCACGUCGGUGGCGUAUCACCUUUCCAAGCUGGGAUGGAAGGAUAUAGUCUUGAUCGAGCAGGGCAGGUUGGCCGCGGGGACCACGCGGUUUUGUGCGGGCAUCGUGAGCGCGGCCCGGCCGGUGGCCAUCGAGCUCAGGAUGGCGGACUACUCCAACAGGCUGUACCAGCAGCUGGAGCAGGAGACCGGCGUGAAAACAGGGUACAUGAAGACAGGCUCUAUUUCACUGGCUCAGACUCAGGAUCGACUAAUCUCUCUGAAACGCAUUGCUUCAUCGCUGAAUGUAAUGGGAAUACCUUGUGAAAUCAUCACCCCGAAGCAAGUGGCACAGCUCCACCCGCUGAUCAACAUUCACGACCUGGUGGGGGCCAUGCACGUGCCAGGAGAUGCGCUCGUGUCGUCGGCCGACGUGAGUCUGGCGCUGGCAACUGCGGCUUCACGCAACGGAGUCCAGAUUCACGAAUGGACGAGUGUCAGUCAUGUCUUGGUGCAGAAAGGUCGUGUGACCGGAGUUGAGACUGACAGAGGACACAUUUCAUGCGAGUACUUUGUCAACUGUGCUGGCCAGUGGGCCUAUGAGCUGGGCCUCUCUGGGGAGGAACACGUCAGUAUCCCAGUCCACGCCUGUGAACACUUCUACCUCCUGACGUAUCCUUUGAAGGACCCUCUAGCAAGCAGCAUACCAACUAUUGUGGACCCAGAUGGCAGGAUCUACAUACGCAACUGGCAAGGUGGCAUCCUCUCCGGCGGCUUUGAGAAAAACCCCAAGCCCCUCUUCACGGAGGGACGGAACCAGCUGGAGAUCCAGAACCUCCAGGAAGAUUGGGAUCAUUUUGAACCGCUUCUGAGCGCCCUUCUGCGCAGGAUGCCGGAUCUGGAGGCGCUGCAGAUCAUGCAGCUGGUGAACUGCCCCGAAACCUUCACCCCGGACAUGCGCUGCAUCAUGGGCGAGUCGCCCGCUGUGCGGGGCUACUUCGUCCUGGCCGGAAUGAACUCGGCUGGUAUCUCAUAUGGUGGGGGAGCAGGCAAGUUCCUGGCAGAGUGGAUGGUAAACGGUUACCCGUCGGAAAACGUCUGGCCUCUGGAUUUGAAACGUUUUGGUUCCCUGCAGAGCAGUCGCACGUUCCUCCGUCACCGCGUGAUGGAAGUAAUGCCUCUCAUUUGUGAUCUGAAGGUUCCCCGUUGGGACUUCCAGACGGGCAGGCAGCUGCGCACUUCACCGUUAUACGACCGUCUGGAUGCGCAGGGAGCUAGAUGGAUGGAGAAACAUGGAUUCGAGAGAGUCAAAUAUUUUGUCCCACCUGGGAAAGAUCUGCUGGAUUUGGAUCAGAGCAAAACCUUUUACAAACCAGAUUGGUUUGAUAUUGUGGGUUCAGAAGUCAAGUGCUGUAAGGAAGCAGUUUGUGUCAUUGACAUGUCAUCUUUUACUAAGUUUGAAAUAAGCUCCACAGGAGAGCAGGCCCUGGCGAGUCUGCAGUAUCUCUUCUCCAACGACCUGGACGUGCCUGUGGGGCAUGUCGUGCAUACGGGCAUGCUCAACGAGCAGGGCGGUUACGAGAACGACUGCAGCAUCGCGCGGCUCAGCAAGCGCAGCUUCUUCAUGAUUUCCCCUACUGACCAACAAGUCCAUUGCUGGUCCUGGUUGAAGAAUCACUUGCCCAGUGACAACAACCUGACCAUGGAAGAUGUGACUUGGAAGUACACAGCUCUCAAUCUGAUCGGUCCUCGUGCUGUGGAUGUCUUGUCAGAGUUGUCCUAUGCCCCAAUAACUCCAGAACACUUUCCCUCUCUCUUUUGCAAGGAGAUGAGCGUGGGCUACGCUAAUGGGAUCCGCGUGAUGAGCAUCACUCACACGGGAGAGCCUGGAUUCAUGCUGUACAUCCCUAUAGAGUACGCCCUGCACGUGUACAAUGAGGUGAUGAACAUGGGACAGAAGUAUGGGAUUCGCAAUGCUGGCUAUUAUGCGCUGCGCAGCCUGCGCAUCGAGAAGUUCUUUGCGUUCUGGGGCCAGGAUCUGGACGCCUUCACCACUCCCAUGGAGUGCGGACGCGAGUUCCAGGUCAAGCUGGAAAAGGGAAUGGAGUUCAUUGGCCAGGAGGCCUUGUUAGAGCAGAAGCAGCACGGUGUGUACAAGCGCUUUACCAUGUUCAUUCUUGAGGACCAUGACACAGACAUGGACCUCUGGCCCUGGUGGGGGGAGCCCAUUUUCCGCAACGGCCGCUACGUGGGCAAGACCACAAGCAGCGCCUACAGCUACACCCUGGAGCGCCACGUCUGCCUGGGCUUCGUGCAGCACUUUGAUGAGAAGACAGGAGAAGAGCUCGUGGUGACAACUGACUUCAUCAACCAGGGCGAGUACGAGAUCGACAUUGCUGGGCAGCGCUUCCAGGCCAAAGCCAAGCUCUACCCCUUCAGCUCCCUCUUCACGCAGCGGCGCCGCAAGGAUGAGGUGGAACUGAGCGGCUACCAAAGGGAGUAGCGCUGAC